UACACAUCAAUACCAUCCUCACUUGAAAUCAUGGAUCCUAUUCAACAAUCAAAAGAAAAAUGGAAGGGCAAAGCCAAAACAAAAUUACAAGGAUGCAAAGCAGAGCAAAUAUGGCCAUUUUUAGAGGAUUUUUUUGGCCUAGACAAAUGGUUUCCAAGUCUCUCUACAUGCAUUCCUGUUGAAGGAAUAUCAGGUAAACCAGGUUGUAUUCGAUUUUGUGCAGGUUUCAAGACUCCAAUAGAUGAACAUGACAAACAAACUUUGAAUUGGACUAAGCAAAAACUUCUUUCAAUUGAUCCAAUUCAAAGGGUAUUUAGCUAUUCAAUUGUAGAUGGAAAUGUUGGAUUUCAUUCCUAUGUUUCAACUCUUAAGGUUGUGUCAAAAGAUGAAGGUUGUGAGAUUGAGUGGUUAUAUGAAGUUGAACCUGUUGAAGGUUGGAAAUUAGAGUAUCUUGAUUAUUUUAUUGGUUCUGGUUUGGGUGUGAUGGCUCAAAGAAUGCAAGAAGCUUUGAAGACUAUGAAAGAUGCACUUGAAGCUUAAAAUUGAAGUUCUAGUAACUAGAUAUUCACAGAGAUAACGGUGAAUUGGUAUAUUUUGAAUAUCGUGAGAUUCAAUCUCUUAAUGUAAAAUCAUCUAUAUAUAUUAAUAAUUUAUAUGUUAUUGAAUAAAUUACAAAAAUGAAUAAUUUUAAAA